CUAUAUGAAGCUUUUGGAUAUUUGUUAAUAAGCAGUUGUCUGGUCCGUUGUCUGCUGUAAAGACUUGGUUUAGUUCACUAGUUGGAAAAUAAUCGAAAUCAUUUAGUGACCGGCAUCCGGGAAUCAAAACCUCCGUAGUUGUACAGAAUUUAGUGGAUGAAGGUCAUCAGAAGCAAUGUCAAGAAUACCAUGAAGUCAUCGGGAGUUAGUUGCACCCUUGGUCAUGAAAAGAACCUUACUAAGAUCAUAGAUUAAGACGCUGAAUCACACCCACUUCUACAAGAGAUUUGUUCUGUCAGAACAUCGAUUGAAACAAAGAAAUUGACGCUACCAUCAAUUACUGACUAUACAUCAUGUUUGACCCAGAACGUCUUCUCCAGUAUCUGGGUAACCCUGGAAAGUACCAAGUCUUCCUCUACUUUCUUGUUGCCUCCAACCACAUAGCCAUGUGUUUCAACAAUUUAAACAUGGCAAUUUUUGGUGCCAAGAACCCCCACCACUGCAAGCUGCCUGAGAACGUCACCAGGGAUGCAGCCAUUCCUAAUAUCACCAAAGCCUACGGGGAAGUCACGUUUCAGUCAUGCAAAGUGUACACCAAUUACAGCUCGUUAUCCAACUUAACUGAGUAUUGUCCAAAUGGUUGGGAGUAUUUGGGGGAAUCUGGGGAGAAAAACAUAAUCAUGGAGUGGAACCUUGUUUGUGACGAUGCUUACUUGAACGGCCUGUCAACGACAAUCUACUUCAUUGGUGUCAUGAUUGGUGGACUAUUAUUCGGAACUUUGUCCGACAAGUAUGGGCGCAGACCAACUUUGCUGUUUACGCUAUGGGGCCAGAUGGUGCUUGGGGUCAUUUUGUCGUUUCUUCACAACUUCAUUGCAUUUAUGGUUGUGAGAUUCUUUAUGGGAGCUUUGUUACAGGGUAUGCAAGCCAUUUCUGUAGCUCUCGUGAUGGAAUUCUGCCAAAAGAAGCACAGAACACCAGCAGGGACUAUCUUUGGGGUGUUGUGGGCGACUGGGAUCAUGUACUUGGCCUUCAUAGCUUGGCUUAUCAGAGACUGGCAUUACAUCCAACUCGCACUCAGCCUUCACAGCAUUCUCACUUUAUCCUACUUCUGGCUUGUACCUGAAUCCCUGCGUUGGUUUUCAACACAUAACAAACUGGAUGAAGCAGAGGCAACCUUGUUGAUGUUGGCCAAGCGUAAUCGGGUCCAGCUCCCUUUUGAUCCACUUGGUAGGAAGGAGGAAUCUGGCAUGUCCGGGGAACAGCUUCAGAAAGUGGAGGUUGUCCCAGUCAAGAGUCACUCUGCACUGGAUCUCUUCAAAACUCCUGAGAUGCGGAAAAGGUCAUUUGUGAUGGGUUACACAUGGCUGGCUAUUGCUGUUGGCUAUUAUGGUCUUUCAUUAAACAUAUCGUCAUUUGCUGGUAACAUCUAUCUGAACGUCUUCAUCAUGGGAGCUGCCGAACUUCCAGCUUACAUUUGCAGCAUCUACAUCCUUGGCAGAUUUGGUCGAAAGAAACCAUUGUUUGCGUACCUGCUAAUAGGUGGAGUAAUGUGUAUCGUCGCAGCUGUUAUCCCCGCAAGAACAGCUUCUGGUCAAGAUAUCAGUAUCGCAGCAACUGUUGUUGCGCUGAUCGGCAAGUUUGGCAUGGCGGGUUGUUUUAGCGUGAUCUUUAUGUAUACAUCGGAACUCUUCCCAACUGUGAUACGGAACGUGGCGGUCGGUGCUUGUGCUUGUAUGGCGAGAUUUGGAGGUGUGCUGGCCCCUCAGAUCUUAUUACUGGGAGAGGUCACAUAUACUCAAGUACCAUUCUUCAUCUUCGGAGCUUUGGCCAUUGUUGCAGCUGGGCUUACCUUCCUGCUGCCAGAAAUGCUAGACAAAAAACUUCCUGAUACUAUUGAAGACAUAGAACAAUCACAUGUUAAGACACCACCGCAUAGAAUUGCUGACAUCUCAUUACAUGACAAUGGCAAUAUAUAGAAGUACCAUGUUAGAGUAGCGCAGUGGAAGAGAGUCGGCCUCAUGAUCAGGAGGUCGUGGGUUCGACUCCCGGCCGAGUCACUGCUUAGUUCCCCUACUGGUCGAGUUCAAGUGAGCACCUUCUGGGGUUGCUCCUUGAAACCCCUGAUUGAUUUCUGUGGAGACCGGGGUAAUAAUAUGAUAUCCCCAAGCGCUUUGAGCGGCCAGUGGAUGGUUGGAUACUGCGCUAUAUAAGACUCGUAUUAUUAUUAUUAUUAUUUGAUAGUUCUACGCUUAACAGUUCCAAUUUAGAUGACUUUUAGACCAUUAUUAGGAAACAUCAUGCAUAAUCUUUGACGACCCCACCCUUAGAAGUUCUGAUGGAGUUGAUGAGUGUUUGUUUGACAACUCCUUUUCUUGUUAGAAUAUGUUGGUUACUCUACCUCAGGAUUUUUACACUACUGCUUACCAGUCAUUCCUUGGCUGUUGUUAAGUAGGUUAUGAUUGCUCAAAAUACAUUUCAAAUAAUCGAAGUAUUAUCUGUACUAUCUCCACAGAUGCAGCUGGGAAAAAGGUAAAGAAUCCGUUGGCAUCUUAAAUAGAGACAGCCUGGCUUAAACUAAUAAUUUUUGAACAAAAAAGGAGUUGGCCCCAAAAAAUGUGCAAAACAUUGUAUCUAAUGUUACAGACUGUUAGGUGCUGCUACCUGCUAGGAUUUUGUCAGACUACUGUUGAAACAACACCAUAGUAUAUCUAAUGGCAUUGGAGUCUUCAAAGUCAGAAACUGUAAAAAUUGUUGUAGUUUUCUGCAAUGAUGAUUGAGUCGAAAUCAAAACGGGUUUUGAUACAUAGGACAUGUGCAGGCAAAUGUAUGUCAGCUGCUGAGUUUGGAUGUUGUCAUUUAUGUUAUUUAUGCAAAAGGAAUAAAAUCUUGACAUUUUGAUUUAAAACAAA